UAUCAAGGGUCAAGCGUCGGGAAGGGGAUUGGGCGGGUCUGUCUGGGUAUAAAUUCUGGAGCAUCUGCAUUCUUCCCAAGAGAUUUGGGUGUCCUGUCAGCUGUGAAUCUACGUGCAAGAGGACCCAGGCAUUUCAGCUACCAGAGAAGCCAUCGUGCAUCUGCUCUCCCCGACAACCAGGCUCUGAAAUAGAAUCUAGACCAUUCAGGUCUUCAAAGCCCAGACCCCACAUACCUCACUUGAGGACGUGAACCAUUGAUGGGCUGGGACAAGGCCAAAUUCGAGCACCUGGGACUGUGGGUCCCUGUGCUAGCUGUCCUGCUGGGGGCCUGCCAGGCACAUCCCAUUCCUGACUCCAGUCCCCUCCUCCAGUUUGGGGGCCAAGUCCGCCAGCGAUACCUCUACACGGAUGACGCCCAGGAGACGGAGGCCCACCUGGAGAUCAGGGCUGAUGGCACAGUGGUGGGGACGGCCCGCCAGAGCCCCGAAAGUCUUCUGGAGCUGAAAGCCCUAAAGCCAGGGGUCAUUCAAAUCCUGGGAGUUAAAACAUCCAGGUUCCUGUGCCAGGGGCCAGAGGGGAGGCUGUAUGGAUCGCUCCACUUCGACCCCCAGGCCUGCAGCUUCCGGGAGCUGCUUCUUGAGGAUGGAUACAACGUUUACCUGUCUGAAGCUCUUGGCUUUCCACUCCGCCUGCCUCCGCACCGCUCCUCCAACUGGGACCUGGCCCCCCGGGGGCCUGCUCGCUUCCUGCCGCUGCCCGGCUUCCUCCCGGCACCCCUGGAGCCUCCAGGGAUCUUGGCCCCCGAGCCUCCCGACGUGGGUUCCUCGGACCCCCUGAGCAUGGUGGGACCUUUACAUGGCCGAAGCCCCAGCUACACUUCCUGAAGCCGCAGGCUGUUGAUUACUGUCUCCU